UCGUUGUCUACAUCCACGUGACCCCACAGCGCGUAACUCCACGAAGUUACGAACUCCUCGGCUCGUCGUCUCAAGGUUUCGCGGCUCGCCUGUCCACCUUGGCAGUCCCGUGUCCAGUGUCCAGUGUCCAGUGUCCACACCACACCACAGCACACAUCAUAGCGCAAACUGCCGCCACCAGGCCCACUACCCCACGACACCCCACGACACCACCUACUCUACGCGUAUCGCCGUAUCCCCGUAUUCCCGUAUCCCCGUAUCCCAAUCCAAUUGCACACCUCGCACCCACCCCACCCCACCCCACCCACAUACAACCACAACGAUACACCAACACAAUGCCGCAGUUCACGAAAAAGCACCGGACAGCCGCACAUUCCGACACCGCGUCGGAUACGGGCGACGAGUCGCCGCAGCCGCCGCAGAAGAAGGCGCGGUCGAUAUCGCCCGCACCUGCACCUGCGCCCAAGAAGAAGGGCGGCAGGCCGAUGUUUAAUCGCGUGCCGCUCAGGAAAGCGUCGGCUACGUCUACGGCUACGGCUACGGAGAAUGCGGGAAAGGGAGAGGGGAAGAAGGAGGACGCGGAUGAUCUGCUGGGAUUCUUUCACCGCGCAAGGGGUACGGCGAUGGAGAUCAGUGAUGACGAGGAUGAGGACGUGACGGUGAGGAGAAGGGGGAAGGAGGAGGUGAAGGAGAAGGCAUCGGGCAAAGCGAAGAAAGAGAAGAAGGAGAAGAAAGAGGGCAGCGAAGAGGGCAGCGAAGAGGCGGUGUCGAUGCACAGUAGCGACGAGGAGAUUCGAAGACGCGAUAAGGGACGGCUGAAGGACCGGUUCGCAAAGAAGAAGAAGGAGCUGGAAGCGUCGAAGGCGAAGGCAAAGGCCGACUCCGAGCGGAAAUUACCACCACCGCCGCUGGGCCACGGUGUCAUCUCGAUAUCGCCCACGCCGUCACCGGAACCGGAGUUUCACUUUAGCCCUCCUCCCGCUCCUCCCGCUCCACUACCGGUGCUCCGGCGCACCACCACUCCUGCGCCACCGCCACCAGUCGAGCCGCCAGCGCCCGUAGUCAACAUCCUGAUCUCGUCGCCGAUCGAGGGCGCGAGGCCGUUGAUCGUCAUGCGGCGCAUGGACCAGACGCUGAAGGAGCCGCGGCUACACUGGUGUCGCGCGCAAGGCUACGGCCCGGAGGAAACCGCGUCGGUGUUUCUGGUGUGGAAGAAGCGUCUCCGGAUCAGGGACGGGACCAGCUGCAAGGGCAUCGGCGUCAAGAUCGAACAGCUGAAUAGUAUGUUCGAGGAGGACGGCAUCAGCAAGGGGAACGUGCACUUCGAGGCCAUGACCGAGGAGAUCUUCGAGAAUGUCCGGAGGGGACUCCCGCCGAAUGGGAUUCCGGUACGGGAGGAGGAGCAGGACGACGAGGAUGAUGAGGAUCAGCCUCAGAUCAUGUUGAAAUUGCAGGCUGGUGGCAGGAAGGAGGAGGCUCUCGAGAUCAAAGUUAGAGAGUCGACUACUGUUGCGUUUCUCGUCGAUGAGUAUAGGAAGGGUCGCAAUGUCGAUCCCGGCAAGGGGAUUAGGUUGAAGUUCGAAGGAGAUUACCUUGAUCCCGAGGAUAGAGUCGGUGAUACCGAUCUCGAGGACGAAUGCAUGGUCGAUGUCAUCAUCGGAUAAGACUGGAAAGGGUUUGACUGCUAUCACUUGGACUGGCAUAUUUGGAUAUU